GGGUUUGUCAAUGUAGAGUAUCGAAUUCCCACGUAUAGACGCUCUCAAACUAGGCUUAAGUGGCAGCUAUAAGGAUAGCUACCAUCGAAUUUUACCUUUCGCGUUUGAAGGAUUUGAAAAACAUCACGAUGUAGCGUGCAUAGUCGAAACUAUCGAUGUUUUUUGGAGUUAACAGUGAAAAACCAAGAAAAAAGAGAUUGUCCAGAAAAUGAGGAAAUAAACGAUGUCUAAAUCAGGUGAUCCAGGAAAUCCAAAUUCCAAAUCUAUAAUUCCCAGUCCACCGUUUCUACGCCACCAUCCACCUUUACCUUGACAAUGAGGCCGCCGGUAGAGCUGAACCGCCCGACGUUGCUGAACCUGGUGGCUAUAGUCUGCUACUGUCUCGCAAUAUUGUUCCACAUCAUUGCCUACGCCACAAACAGCUGGUCGUCGCUCGUGCUGGCGGGGACGCGCUGGGAAAUGGGUCUCUGGCAGGGAUGCAGGGAGGCCAAUGGCUCAUGGAUGUGCACCAAUGAGAUCUUCGAAGAUGAAGUCUUUCAAUCGGGUAUGAGUAGCGACUGGCACGUGGGUAGUCAGGUGAUGAUGACGUUGGCUCUCAUCCUCCUCUUUCUUCUCGAGUUCGUCCUGCUCGGCUACGUGUGCAUCCACAGAUUCCAGAAGUACAAGAACAAACUCGUCGCCUUCAUCAUUGGCCUCUCGGUGUCAGCAGCGUUCAGCCAUUUUCUUGUGCUCAUCAUGUACGGUUCCGAGGUUAGCAAAGUUCCGGAGUCCCAUGUGAAGGGAUCGUACGGCGUCAUCGUGAUUUCCCUUAUCAUUGAACUUGCAUUACCAUUGAUCAUCCACAUUGACAAAACAAAGAAAUUUCCACUGCGCGACGUGUUCUUUAAGACUGGUUCAAAACAACCAAAAUCUGCAAACGACAAGCCUGACUCUUCAAAUAGGAGGAGUAGACCUGGAGUUGUAAAUAUGAGGACCAAUCCAGUCUCCUCGAUUGAAGAUCAAGCAGCAGGGUUUCGUACUUCAGUGACGUCGUUGUCAGAAGCUGAGACUUUCAAAAAGUUUGCGUUUUAUGAGAAUCCUGGGAUGAAUCCUUCCACGGUUUCCUUGGCUAGUUACAGCUCUGUCAAUGCUCGCACUGCUGCUUACACUAACACCCCAAAUUUGGCUGAGACGUCCUCGUUAGAAAGUGGUGUUUGAUGUUAAAGCAUUUAAGUAUGAGAAAGUGGUGUUUGAUGUUAUAGCAUUUAAGUAUGAGAAAGUGGUGUUUGAUGUUAUAGCAUUUUCUAUGGAUUUGAAGCAGCAUGAUUAUUUGGAUUUCAAUCAGUAUUGGUCAUUGUUGCUUACACUAACACUACAUACUUGGCUGAGACGUCCUCGUUAGAGUGUGUUUUUGCUAUUUAAGCAUAUAGGAAUGAGAAAGUGGCAUUUGAUACUUUAAGCAUUUUUAAUAGGUAUGAGAAAGUGGUGUUUGAUUUUUAAGCAUUUUUAAUAGGUAUGAGAAAGUGGUGUUUGAUUUUUAAGCAUUUUUAAUAGGUAUGAGAUUGUGGUUUUUGAUGUUUAAGCGUUUAGGUAUGAGAAAGUGGUAUUUGAUGUUCAAGCUUUUAGGCAUGAAAAAGUGGUAUUCGAUAUUUAAGCAUUAAGGUAUGAGAAAGUGGUAUUUGAUAUUUAAGCGUUAAGGUAUGAGAAAGUGAUGUUUAAGCAUUUAGCUAUGGAUUUAAAGCAGAAUUAUUAUUUUGAUUUGAAUCAGUAUUGGUCAUUGUUGCUUACACUAACACUACGUACUUGGCUGAGACGUCCUCAUUAGAGAGUGGUUUUUGAUGUUUAAGCAUUUAGGUAUGAGCAAGCUGUGUUUGAUGUUUUAGCUUUUAGGUAUGAAAAAGUGGUAUUUGAUAUUUAAGCGUUUAGGUAUGAGUUAGUGGUAUUUGAUGUUUAAGCUAUUAGGUAUGAGUAAGUGGUAUUUGAUGUUUAAGCUAUUAGGUAUGAGUAAGUGGUAUUUGAUGUUUAAGCUAUUAGGUAUGAGUAAGUGGUAUUUGAUGUUUAAGCUAUUAGGUAUGAGUAAGUGGUAUUUGAUGUUUAAGCUAUUAGGUAUGAGUAAGUGGUAUUUGAUGUUUAAGCGUUUAGGUAUGAGUUAGUGGUAUUUGAUGUUUAAGCUAUUAGGUAUGAGUAAGUGGUAUUUGAUGUUUAAGCGUUUAGGUAUGAGUAAGUGGUAUUUGAUGUUUAAGCGUUUAGGUAUGAGUUAGUGGUAUUUGAUGUUUAAGCUAUUAGGUAUGAGUUAGUGGUAUUUGAUGUUUAAGCUAUUAGGUAUGAGUAAGUGGUAUUUGAUGUUUAAGCUAUUAGGUAUGAGUUAGUGGUAUUUGAUUUAAGCUAUUAGGUAUGAGUUAGUGGUAUUUGAUGUUUAAGCUAUUAGGUAUGAGUAAGUGGUAUUUGAUGUUUAAGCGUUUAGGUAUGAGUAAGUGGUAUUUGAUGUUUAAGCUAUUAGGUAUGAGUUAGUGGUAUUUGAUGUUUAAGCGUUUAGGUAUGAGUUAGUGGUAUUUGAUGUUUAAGCUAUUAGGUAUGAGUGAGUGGUAUUUGAUAUUUAAGCGUUUAUGUAUGAGUAAGUGGUAUUUGAUGUUUAAGCUAUUAGGUAUGAGUUAGUGGUAUUUGAUGUUUAAGCUAUUAGGUAUGAGAAAGUGGUAUUUGAUGUUUAAGCUAUUAGGUAUGAGUAAGUGGUAUUUGAUGUUUAAGCUUUUAGGUAUGAGUAAGUGGUAUUUGAUGUUUAAGCUAUACGCUAUGGAUUUGAAGCAGAAUUAUUAUUUUGAUUCAAUUCAGUAUUAGUUCUUUUACAAACAUAUUUUGUAAAUGUGUUGCAGCUUCGGCAUGGCCGUCGGCGCUUCGCACAUUAAUGUAUGACUCAAGCAAUCCACAAAAAACAUUAACUUUAAACGAAAAUAAGUUUUGCUUGAUCGAAGAACUGAAAAGAUUCAAAGGCAUAUACUAAACUAAGAACAGAAACUUGAAGUAGACAUUGCCAAUUCCGAAAUUUAAUGACUAAUUUUAUUUUUAAGAUGUAAAACAUCAUUAACUUUGUUCAUCAAUUUCUAUACGCAACAUAAUUUAUUACUAAAUUGUUCAUAUUUUUUGAAAGUACGAGUUUGAGUGAAUAGUUGUGAAUAUCAGUAUAUAUGGACAAAAACAAUACUGACCGAUACUGGGCCGGGCCGAUACUGACCGAUACAAAAUCUGACCGAGACUGACCGAUACUGGGCCGGGCCGAUACUGACCGAUACAGAAUCUGACCGAGACUGACCGAUACCGGAACUGACCGAUACUGACCUAACCUGGGACUGACCGAUACUGGAAGUGACCGAUACUGGGACUGACUUAUUUAUAGUAAAUGAGAUACUGUGCAAUAGUCGCUUCAUUUUAAAAUAAAUGAUCUGUAAUAACGCGAUAAUUGAUUCCGUUUAUAUUGUGUGCCAUACUAUUUUCCAAAAAAGAAAAAGCAAUAUAGUCUUAGACUAGUAUUAUUUGCAGUUUUUAUGUAUCAUGAACCUGAAAAUAUAUCACAGAAGACGGCGAAUCUGCAGAGAACAUGUACAUGUUUAUUUUCAAUCACUGGAUAAAUGUGCCAGCCUUUGUUUAGCAUGCAUAAAGGUGGAAAUGUUAUGCAAGAGAAAGCAAUGAUUGGUGAAAUGGUUUAAGAAUGAUAUGUAAAGAUAUACGGAUUAAUGGUAAACUAGAUAAUUAUGCAUUUUGUAAUUCAUGAUUAAAAAUAGAUUUGCUAUUAUUUUAA